AAAAAGUAGAUAUAAACAUGAAUAAUGGUCUAUAGGAUGAUGAUCAGGAAUUUCUAUUGUUGCAAUUACAACAAAAAGGUAGAUAAUUAGAAUAAGAAAACUUUUAACUAAGAAAGGAAUUAGCUAAUCUAAGAGGUGAAUUGAAAUUUGAUUGUAUAUUGUUAUUCUAUCAUUUAGUUCGUAGAAUAGAAGUGAUAAAAAAGGUUCCGGAUAAUAAUUAAGAUAAAAUGUAAAUUAAAUAUGUUUUAACCCACUCUAAUCAGAUAGCGAAAAGAGAGGCUUAGGUUAUAUUUCAAGAAUAACCAAAAUAAUUCAUUCUUUGCGGGUCAGGUUAUAAUUUAGAUUCAUAAGAUGUAAAUGAAUUCUAAAUCUUUUCUUAUCACGUAUAGCUGAAUGAUGAAUUAUAAGAAAACCCAAAUAUAAUUGCUACCGAUUCAAAAAUAGAAAUUAUCUUUGAAAAGCAAAACAAAAAGAAUAAAUAAUUUAUUUAAUAAAACAAAUGA